AUGAGAAUUUUUAAUCCGCAACCUAAUUAUAAUCAAUCACACUCAAAAGGAAAACGCGGUAUUACUGGCCCUCAAGGACCUCCUGGACCUCGUGGCCCUAUUGGCCCCAUUGACCCUACUGGUGUUCAUGGUCCUAUUGACCCGACUGGUGUUCGUGGGCCUCGGGGCUUUACUGGCCCUACUGGUCCCACUGGCCCCACUGGCGCUCGUGGUGCUACCGGUGCAUCAGGCACUGGUUUUAAUCUUACAGCAGAUGGGAGUUAUGAUAUGACAAGCAAAAAAACUGACAAAUAUGGCUAAAGGGACUGCUUCCAACGACGCCGUAAUAAAACAGCAACUUGAUACUAAACUAUCACUUUCUGGUGGUUUAAUGACCGGCAAUUUGGAUAUGAAUAGCAAACGGAUAUACAAUGUAGUACAACCAAAUGGUGAUAAACAACCAGCUACAAAAAUAUUGUGAGAAAAUAAAUUCUUGGAUAAGUCCAGUGGAGUUAUGGCUGGACCACUAAAUAUGUCCAAUAAUAAAAUCACUAAUCUUGCUAAACCAACUGAUGAUAAAGAUGGGGUUAAUAAGAAAUACAUAGAUGAUAAUCAUUUGAAACUAUCUGGUGGCACUGUAACUGGCCAUAUAAUAUUAAACAAUUCUAUCCUUACUUCACAAUAUCAAGCAAUAAGCCGGUCCACUGGAAAUGCAUUUUUUGUGCAACUUACUAAUCCGUAUGUUUACCACAAAUUUAAUAUGGUUAAAAACAAGAUUAUUAAUCUUGGAGACCCAACUGAUGCUACUGAUGCUGUUAAUAAGCAGUAUUUGGAAAAAUAUCAUGUUAAACCCAGCCAUUACAAUAAUGAAUUCAAGUACCUGAUGACUAAUAAAUUAGCAUGGACUGAUCUUCAGGCGGAUAGUUUUGACAUUACUAAAAUUGAUAAUUUAAUGCCCCAAGAUGGUAACUACCAUCAAUACAACCGCAAAGUUCUAUAUACAACCAUUAUAAAGGAUCAGCAAGGAGGAUACUCUUAUAAAAUGGGAAUCAAUUGUUAUGAACUUGAUAAAGAUAAAGACUAUACUCUCUGUAUUGAAAUCCUCAAUUCAGAUUACCAAUUAUGGCAUAAAUCAGUUGCUACAAUCACAUCAAAGGGGGUAUCAGUUGCUGGUUUUACAGUACAAAAGUUUUCUCACCGGUACACAAAUAGUAGUGGGAAAACUGCAUAUAUGUAUUAUAUCAAAAUAACUGAAAACUUUCAAAAAACUGUAUCAGAUACAUUUUACAUUCUGGAUCUUUAUGUUAAUAUACCCCAAUCGGGCAUUGAUCUCAAUACUCAUUCAAAAAAUUGGACAAAAAACUGGAUGAUUGCUUAA